CAUAAUCUCAUUCUCUUGUGCUGUCCAUAAUCUUGGAAAAUGGAACUCAAUCAAGAGUUAGAAGCUGUCCCCCAAGCACUCUCAGGGCAUGGAGUGGAGGAGAGUGCAUUGGUAACAAUAUUGGGAAAAUGGGAUCCAUUGGAGAGAGAAGCUUUCAGAAAGAAGACACCAAAUUUGUUCAUUGAGGAUAAAGAACGCCAUUUUCAAAGAUGGGAUGAUCACUAUGCUCGUCUUCUCAAGCAUGAAUUUGUCCGUUUUAAGAACACAGUUAUGUUGUGGUCCAUGCAUCCAUGGGAGAGGGAUGCCCGUUUAGUAAAAGAAGCAAUAAAGAAGGGAAAAGCAUCAUAUGGAGUGUUGGUUGAGAUAGCAUGCACAAGAUCUUCUGAAGAGUUAUUGGGAGCUAGAAAGGCAUACCAUUCUCUCUUUGAUCACUCCAUUGAAGAGGAUGUUGCCUCUCACAUUCAUGGCAUUGAGCGCAAGUUCUUGGUAGCACUUGUAAGUGCUUAUAGGUAUGAAGGAGCAAAGAUUAAGAAUGAGCAUGCAAAAUCAGAAGCAAAAAUAAUUUUUGAUGUGAUUAAGAAUGCUCAUAAGAAACCUAUCAAUGAAGAUGAUGAAGUCAUAAGGAUAUUAGCAACAAGAAGCAAGCCUCAUCUCAAAGCACUAUACAACCACUACAAAGAUAUUUCUGGCAAGAACCUUGAUGAGGAUCUUGAUGACAUAAGGUUCAAAGAGGCUGUGCAAUGUCUUUGUACCCCUCAAAUAUAUUUUUGUAAGGUUUUGGAUUCGGCAUUGAAAAUUGAUGUUGAUAAGAACACUAAAAAAGCACUUGGUCGUGUGAUUGUUACUCGAGCUGACAUUGAUAUUAAAGAGAUAAUGGCCGAUUACAAUAACCUUUACGGAGUUACUUUACCACACAAAAUACAAGACAUUGCUAAAGGGAACUAUAAGGAUUUCUUGCUAAACUUAAUUGCAAGAGGAUCUAAUUAAUUAUUUGAAGAAAUUCAAUUACAAAAGAGACCUUGGUUGUCAUUUGAAAGACGAAAUUUGAGAUUUGAUUUUGUAUUGUCUUCUUAAAUAAUUUGUA